AGGCGGGGGGGCGGCCCUGACCCCGCUCUCUGUUCCUGUUCCCGGCCCAGGGGGCGGCGGAGCCGGGCCGGGACCCGCCGGACGGAUGGGCCGCGGCCGGCGAGGCUGCCCGUGCCCCCCUGCCCGCUGGGGGCCCCCCUGCCAUGGCCAUUGUGCAGACGCUGCCUGUUUCCAUCGAGGCCACGCCUGAGGCGGCUGCCCAGCUCCGCACUGCCGCCCGCUCGCCCCUGCCCACCCACAGCACCAUGGGCAGUGUGGGCAGCCUGAUCGCCAGCCGACCCUGCCACGAUCGCUCCUGCCAGCCUGCUGGUGCUGGGGGUCCCUUCCGUGUGCAGGAUACGCUGCUGCGAGCAAGUCCCCCGGAUCCCCUGCUCCACACUUUGCCCCCUAAGAAGCCAUGUUCAGCCACUGCCCAUGCCUACACCAACGAAGUUUUCCAUGGAGAGUGGCUGGAGGCCGCCUCUCCUGUCAGCCCCUGCAGCGAUUCAGAUGAGGCGCGGGAUGAACAGGCUCCAAGCGGUGGCAUCCGGGGGCCGCCCCCCAAGCUUGUCCCUGUCUCCGGAAAGCUAGAGGAGAAUGUGGAGAAGACCCUGAUCCGCCCCAUGGCAUUCAAGCCAGUGGUACCGAAAAUCAGGACUGCUCCAGGGCCAGCCAACCAGGGGAUACGUCCAGGGGCUGCAGCGCUGUCGGAGAGCCAGGUGAGCCUCACUCACCUGCUGGGGACCACCGGGGCCGACAAGCCUGGAUCACUAAGCUGCCGCGCCAGCAGCCACUCAGGCACGCUCUCAGACUCGGGUCGCAACUCUCUGUCCAGCCUGCCCACCUACAGCACAGGCUGCAGCCAGCAUACUGAGUCUGGCAACCUCCCAGCCACCCCUCACGGCCACCCUGAGCCCUCAGGUGGCUACCGCCCACCAGCCGGCCCCUCCAACUCGGACAGUGGGCGCUCAUCCUCCAGCAAAAGCACGGGCUCGCUGAGUGGUCGGGGCCGGCCCUCCUCCGAAAGUGGCUCCUGUGGGCGCUCGCCGCUGCCAGGUGAGGAGGUCCUGCUGGUGCGUGAGCUGGAGGACAAGCUGCGGGAGAGGGAGGCUGAGCUGCAGCAGCUGCGGGACAGCCUGGAUGAGAAUGAGGUGGCCAUCUGCCAGGUGUACGAAGAGAAGCAGCGUCGCUGUGAGCAGGAGCUGGAGGGUUUGCGGCAGCGCUGUGCAGCCCAGGUGCGACAGGCGGCCCAGCAGGCACAGCGUGGGCAGCAGGUCCUGCAGCUCCAGGUGCUGCAGCUGCAGCAGGAGAAGAAGCAGCUGCAGGAGGAUUUUGCUCAGCUGCUACAGGAGCGGGAGCUGCUGGAGCGCCGCUGUGCAUCCUUCCAGCGGGAGCACACUGAGCUGGGGCCACGGCUGGAGGAGACCAAGUGGGAGGUGUGCCAGAAGUCAGGUGAGAUCUCGCUGCUGAAGCAGCAGCUGAAGGAGUCUCAGGCAGAACUGGCGCAGCGCGGUACAGAACUGCUGGUGCUGCGAGCACAGCUGCGCGAGGCGCGGGCCGAGCUGCAGGCAGGUGAGCAGCAGGCACGGGGGCUGCAGGAGGCUGCCCGACUGAAGGCGCUGGAGCUGGAGGUGUGCGCCAAUGAACUGCAGCGACGCAAGAGCGAGGCUGACCUGUUCCGUGCCAAAGCGGGCCGUCUGGAGCAGGAGGUGGCCGGGCUGCGGGAUGCCGCCCGUGGACGCUGCCCUCAGCCCAGCGAGGGCUGCCCUGAGCCUGGCGAGGAGCCGCGGGGCAUGGCGGGGCUGCAGCGGCAGCUGGAGCGGCUGCGGGCAGAGGUGGCCCUGGAGAGGCAGCGUGGGCAGGAGCAGCGGGAUGCCUUCGAGCAGGAGCGCAGCACGUGGCAGGGAGAGAAGGAGAGGGUGAUCCGCUACCAGAAACAGCUGCAGUACAACUACAUCCAGAUGUACCGCCGCAACCGGCGCCUGGAGCAGCGGCUGCAGCACCUCCGGCUGCAGGGAGAGGAGCCUCCGAUGGAGCCCUGCGAGACCCCCGGCCCCGAUCUGCCCUUUGAGGAGAUUACGGCCACCGAGAUCUGAGACACUGCCUGC